AAAAAUAAUAGCGUAGUAGUGCCGCAAGAGCCAGUGGCGUCCUCAAGUUCAUCUUCUCUACCUCCAUUUCCUGCUGUAAAAAAGACCAGAAAGUGCGACAAGUGUGGCAGAGAAGUCCAACUUCCACUGGAGGCUUUCAACUUACUAGAAGCAUUCCCGAAUUUUUCAUGUCGCCAUUUCGAGAAUUGCACGUGCUUACCAGCUUCUGAUAUUAUGCAACCAGUGCUACGGCUGAAAAACAAAAUCACGGUCAUCGUUGAGAAGUGGUACCACGAC